GAGGGGUGUCCCCUCUUUAUAACUACUAUACCCCGGGCUGCAGCGAUUGAGAGCUGCUGUGAUUUAACACUUCAGCACCUGCUGCCACUGGGGGAAGCAGGCUUGGAGCUUCGGCUUCUUGUUUUUCUCCUUUCUUUGGUACCACACACAACCGCAACCGUGUCUCGCCAGCGAGCCAAGAUGUCCAAAGUGGCCAAAUAUCGGCGCCAAGUUAGUGAAGAUCCAGAUAUUGACAAUUUGUUGUCUACUCUGUCCCCAGAGGAGAUGGAAGAGCUGGAAAAGGAGCUGGAUGUGGUGGAUGCAGACGGCAGCAUCCCUCUGGAGCUCGAUCAGAAAAGCCAAACAGAAAAUUCUUCACCUGGCCCACAAAACUGCGACACAGCGCACAAUCACUGUGAAAAGGAGACCAGGAAACGCUUUCAGAGGGAACACUCAAUAGAUGAGAGCAGAUUGAGUGAGAAGAAUAAGGGAGCCAAGAAUGAAGAAGAAAGGGGAAAGGAAGCUCCUUCCAAAGACCUGGCCCGGAAACAGGAUACCAAAGUUGGGAAAGACUCUAAAAAGGAAGAAACUGUUCAAAAAACAGACCCAAAAGUCAAAGCUGAGGCUGAGACCAAGACCAGAGAGGAGAAGGCUAUCAACGACAAAGUCAAGGCCAUGGAGAAAAAGCUGAUGGGGAAGGAUAAAAAGGAGGAAGAGAAAGGCUCAGCGUUGAGGAGGGACACAGGAAAGGAUAAAAAGGAAGAAGAGAAGGGCUCAGCACUGAGGAGAGAUGCAGGGAAGGAUAAAAAGGAGGAAGAAAAGGUCUCAGUAUUGAGGAGGGACACAGGGAAGGAUAAAAAGGAGGAAGAACAGGGCUCAACAGCAAAGAAAGAGACAGGGAAGGACAAAAAGGAAGAAGAAAAGGGUUCUGCAUUGAAGAAGGGCACAGGGAAGGACAAAAAGGAGGAAGAGAAGAUUUUAGGAUCAAAGAAAGAGGCAGAAAAGGACAAAAAGGGAGAAGAUAAGAAAGAAAAAGAUAAAAAAGAAGAGGAAAAGAGUUCAGCUUUGAAAAAAUCAAAGGCAGAUGAGAAGGAGAAACCACAGCCACAGGCAGAAAAGGCAGUGGAGGAGAAACAGGAGACCAAAGUGGCAGCCGAGAGCAGCCCUUCCAAGCCUACCACCAGCAGCUCCCCAGAUCAGGCCAAGGACGAUGAAGCCUCCAGCAUUUUUGAUGAGCUCAUUGAGAAGGUGAAGAACAACGAUGCUGAAGUCACUGAAGUGAAUGUUAACAACUCGGACUGUAUCAACAACGAGACCCUGGUGCGCUUCACCGAGGCCCUGGAGUUCAACACUGUGGUCAAGCUGUUUGCCUUGGCCAACACCCGUGCUGAUGACCACGUGGCCUUCGCCAUUGCCAUCAUGCUGAAGUCCAACAAGGUGCUGACGAGCAUCAACCUGGAUUCCAAUCACAUUACAGGCAAGGGCAUCCUGGCCAUUUUCCGGGCACUGCUGCAGAACAACACACUGACAGAGCUGCGUUUCCACAACCAGCGGCACAUCUGUGGGGGGAAGACGGAGAUGGAGAUUGCCAAGCUUCUGAAGGAAAACACCACGUUGCUAAAGCUGGGCUACCACUUUGAGCUGGCUGGACCACGCAUGACAGUCACCAACCUGCUGAGCCGAAACAUGGACAAACAGAGGCAGAAACGCCUCCAGGAGCAAAAAAUGGCACAGGAGCGUGGGGAGAAGAAAGAACUCUUGGAGGUGCCUAAGCCUGGAGCCUUGCCGAAGGGGUCUCCCAAGCCAUCCCUGCAGCCAUCCCCCAAGGCUUCCCCCAAAAGCUCUCCCAAGAAAGGGGGGGCACCUGCUGCACCACCCCCACCUCCUCCUCCACUCGCUCCACCACUGAUCAAUGAGAACCUGAGGAACUCACUCUCACCAGCCACACAGAGGAAGUUGGGAGACCGGGUGCUGCCUGUCCAGGAGAAGAACUCACGGGACCAGCUACUGGCAGCCAUCCGCUCCAGCAAUCUCAAACAGCUCAAGAAGGUGGAGGUACCGAAGCUGCUGCAGUAGGGAACGGAAUGGCUUUUCCCCCACAGCCCGGCAUGACAGAGCCCAGGACACUCGCCUUUCUCGUGACUGUUUCUAUGACAAGCCCUUUGGGACCCUGCAGUGACCAGCACCAAGGAGUAGCGAUCUCUCUGGGAUGGACGGACGAAGGGCUGGGCCCGAGGAGGGUCAGCACAAUCGUUCGAUGCAGCGCAGGAAGAAGAUGUAUUUAUUAUUUUUGUGGUUGUGAAGCCUUUGAGCUCUUUCUGUUGCCAGCACCGUGCCCUGCUCUGUCUGGCUGCCUAGAAAUGCCAAGGAUAGAGGAGUCUGCAGUACAGCUCCUCGCGGAAAUUUCCCCUUGGAGCUCACCAAAGAGGCUAGGCACCCUCCAUCCCAGCUUGCCAGCAGGCCCCCCAGGGUGGUCCAACUUGGGGGGGGGGGGGUAGAGGUAGCCCCAGUCUUGCUUUUGGGAGGGAAAGGAGACAACCCAAUCAUCAUCACUGCUUGGGUCUCCAGGGAGUCCCCAGGUGCUGGGAGAGUUACGGGGCACAGGCACAACAGUGGGGUGCCAGCUCCUGGGGUGCAGGCUCGAUGCUGGGAGGAACUGAGAGGCUGGAAAAGGGAGAGGCCAGGGAGAGACAGGUGAUCGAGUGAUGGGGCAAUAAGGUAACCGGUGGAGCUGCGGCUGGAGCCAGGGGCAUCAGGGGAUCAAGUGAUGGGGCGAUGAGGUAACUGGUGGAACUGCGGCUGGAGCCAGGGUCAUCAGGGGAUUAAGUGAUGGGGCGAUGAGGCAACUGGUGGAGCUGGGACUGGAGCCGGGGGCAUCACAUUGGUGCCUGCAGCCAGCCUUGCUCAGGGACCGCUGGAGCCCCGGGCAUUUUGUACCGCAGUCCAGAGUAUUUUUACAGUUGCAUUUUUCAGGUUUGGGUUUUCUUUCCCUCUUCUUGACCCACCAUCUUCUGGACCCCACACUCGACCACUCUGCCUGCCCCCUGUGUGGAAAAAAAUCCUACCCAGGGAGAACAAGGCCCUCGUAGCCCUGCCCACCCCUCCGUCCGUUGGCGAGGGGCUGGGCAGGGGCUCUCCCCGGUCCCGGAGCAGGUUUGGGGGCUGCGUUGAUGUGCAACUCCCUGGAGUCUUCCUGGCAUGAAGCCUUGUUCACCAUUUGUACGACUGUGGCCACUGCACCAGCAAUAAAGUUCACCCAACGCUUCCCCUGCCUCAGGGACGGGUCUGCACCCUGGGGUCCCCCAGGUGGGGGACAGGUGCUGCAGGGCUUGUUUGGGGAUGGGCUCAGCCCCACGCCUAGGGCAGCUCUCCCCUCUCCUGCCACCCACAGCCCCAAGCCGGACCCAUGUGGCCACGUCAAAUGGGGCACUCUGGGGCCACCCAGAUACCCCAACCAGCUCUCCCUGGUCACCCACCCACACAGAACCCCCCGAAGAGGGCACCCUAUGGCUGCCAAACACCCACAACCAGGCUCCCUGAAGCCAAGCAGACACCCCAAAAUCCCUGGGGUCACCCAGAACUGUGCCAUGGGCUGCAUCAGGGUCACACAAACACCCCCCGGAGUCACCCAGAACUGGGCCAGGAGCUGCCCCAGAGUCCCUCAGGAUCCCUGAGGUCACCCAGACCUGGGCCAGGGCCUCCUCCAGGGUCACACCAACCCCCCCGGGGUCAUCCAGAACUGGGGCAGGGGCUCCCCUAGUGUCACCCCAAGCCCGCCGGGGUCACUCAGCACUGGGCUUGGUGCUCCCCCAGCCCUGUGGGGCACAAUGGUGAUGAAACCACCAUGCCUGAGUAGGCCCUGGGGUGCAAGGUGGCCUUUAGGGGGGGAACCCUGCUGGCCCAGGAACCCCCAAUCGGAACAGGCUGCAAUGCUAAGCCACAGCUCCCAGGGUCACCCCAACUCCUCGGCUCACCAUAAACCGUGGUGGGGGCUCCCCAGGGGUCACUGCUAGGUUUUGUAUUUGUGGUGAACUCUGUGCUCGGUGGUGCUCCAAGAGAAACCGAAGGCCCUGAGGGGCUCCGCCAAGUGCACGAAGCACCUGGCUCCAUCCCCGCAUCCACUCCUCCCGGUCAUGACUCCCCCCAAGCCUGAUUGCCCUGCUCCAAACACGAUUUCCCCCACAAACCCAGUUCCCCUCCUCCAAGCCCAAUUCCCCACACCCAAGAGCGAGUCCCUGCCAGUGUGAAGCACCCCUCCAGCCUGAUUCUCACCCCCAGCCCAAUCCUGUCCUUCCACUCCAAUUCGUCCCCCCAGUCCUGUUAUCCUUCCCAUACCCCCCUCUAUUCUCCUCAAUCCGAUUAUCCCUCCCCCAUCCGA